AUGUCGCAGCCCAACUGGGAGAUCACCGACUCGGUGAAGCGAAACGCAAUCUUGGCGAGCACCAUGGAAGCCAUGAACCGUAUCGCACCGCUUCGACUCGCUGAGACGUCAUUUGACAACGUUGGUCUUCUGUUGCAAGCACCGCCAUCGACCGUCCCCGGAUCUAACGAGAAGCAAGCCAUCAUGCUUGCCAUCGAUCUGACCACCGAUGUAUGCGACGAGAUCCUCUCUUCGCCUGACAAUGUGAAGGUCGCACUUGUCUACCAUCCCAUCAUCUUCCGCGGUCUCAAGUCGUUCACCUUGGCCGAUCCUCAGCAAACGAGCUUGCUCCGACUCGCCGCAGCUGGGGUGAGCGUCUAUUGCCCGCAUACCAGUCUGGACGCGACCCCUGGGGGUAUCAACGACUGGCUUGGCAAAGUCGUCUCUACGAAAGAGGCCUUUGCUGAGCUCGAGUCGUCUGAAGCGCUCGAAAGCUUCCGCUCCAAUGCUUUCCCUGCGCUCAGCUCGUCCAAGAAUGUUCCUGCAGGGUACGAGGCGGCGGGACUGGGCAGGCUCAUCGAGCUGGAUGCACCCCAAACAUUCGAGGAGGUCGUCAGGAGGGUCAAGCAGAAUCUUGAUCUUCCCCACGUUCAAGGCUGUAAAGCGUCCGACAAGCCAAUCUCGAGCAUUGCCAUUUGUGCCGGUUCCGGUUCGAGCGUCUUUGCUGGCAUCAAAGCGGAUCUUUACCUCACUGGCGAGCUCUCACAUCACGAGAUCUUGGCGUACAAGGCUGCAGGCGCAUCCGUUAUCGUCACCAACCACACCAACACCGAAAGAAAAUACCUGCGAGACGUUCUGCAGCACUGGCUUCGAAAAGAGCUUCCAUCUCAGUACUCAAUUUCUGUCUCGAAGGCCGAUCGAGACCCACUGGCUGUCCUCUAG